GUGAUGACCAAUCGUUAUUCGAGAAAUUGCAAAUAUUACGCUUCAAUUGCCAAGCGACGACGAGGGUUAAUGUUUGUCGACCCAACUGUUGGCUCCCACGCGACGAUAUGAAGCUGUAAGGAAAUCUCAUUUAGUUCCUUCCUCAUGAAUAUCAAAUACCUUCAGCACAAACGUCAUUCGACUUCGCUUCGAAUCCAUUCCUUGUUGCAUGCAACUUCAACUCCAUCCACACUCUCGGUCAGCUCUGUCAACUCCAUCAACUGCAACUAUUCGUCGAAUGGCAAGCUGUUCAUCAGCAUCAUCGGAUACGCACCUCGUUGUCAACGCCAUCAGCUAUUGAAAGCUCGGUCGAUCAAACCAAAGUCAAACAGCAAUGGCACCAAAAGAAAACAACCCUGCACCUCUAAAGUCGAUCGUUGCUCAGAAGAGACCAUCCUCCGACACAGAUAUGCCUCGAACAAAGAGGGUACACUUUGAGGACUCAUCUCAACAAGCCCUCGUCGUCGUCCAACAGAUCAAGACGAUGGAAAAUGUUAUUGAGAGUAUCAAGUACCAACAGGAACAGGUCGAAGGAGCGAUCGAGUCGUGGAUCUUCGGCAGAGGUGGAGAAGACGCCCUGGGAGGCACCAAUGCAGCAUUCCUGCGGGUCGUCAGAAUGGCUAUGAACAGCACCAAGAUCGCAAUGGAGUUGGCCGAAAACCAGGAGCUGACGAACAAGACUUUGAAAUCGAAGGUCGAAGAGCUCCUGGAGAACGACAUCAAAGAAGAGUAG